UCCAACCCACAAAACAUCGAUAUGACAUUGCUCAACACUAUAAUGACAGCAGCAAUCGUGCGUGGAAGGGAAAAGAUUGCAAAAAUUGCUCUGGCAGCAAGUAACGCUACAGUACGGAAUUGAAAAGCAAAUUUUGAUAAAUUUGGUACCUUUAAUAGUAAAAAAAAAACAUUAUCUCGAAGCAAUUAAGUAUACUCGCUUGUUGGUGAACACUGUGGCAACUCGAAAAAGUGUGCAUUUGUGCCAACCAAAAUGGAAGAAUGUGUUACAAUAAAAAUGGAGGAAGAACCGAGUGCGAUAAAAGUGGAAGAGGUUACGAUAGCUGAUGAUAUGGGGUGUUGUGAUCUACCAAUCAUAAAAAAUAAUGAGUCGAGUGUAGUGAAAGAUGAGCCCGAAACCGGUGAAAUGGAAACGACUGCAGCAGCUGACGGCGAAGUUGACGCUUCUAAUUCAAGCCGGGCGGACACCUUGAAAGGAAAUCACCCGAAAAAUACCGACGAUGAGCGAAGGUACAAUUGCGACAUCUGUGGCAAGAGAUUCUAUUGGAGACGGUCCUGGUCGUACCACAAGAAAAUGCACCUCGGAGAAUGGCCUCACAAAUGUGAUAUAUGUGGUAAAACUUUCAGCACCAGAACCAGACUGGAUUAUCACAGAGCGACCCACACACGGGAACAGAACUUCAAGUGUGAAGCAUGUGACAAAUAUUUUACGCUUAAUGAGCAGUUGAAAAAACACCAGAAACGACAGAGCGCGGGCCGCUUGUAUGAAUGUCCCAAGUGCGAUGAAAAGUUUGAAAAUCAAUGUACGCUCUCGAAACAUGUGCUUCAACACAGAAAAUCUCCUAUAACUUGCGAAAUCUGCGAUAUACAGUGUACCAAUAAUUUUAAACUGAAAAGCCACAUGAGAACUCACACAGGAGAACGACCUUUUCGGUGUGACAUAUGUGACGAAACUUUCAGCAUAAAACCCAAUCUUCGGAGGCAUAUAAUAGUUAAGCAUACAACGGAGAAAAUAUUUAAAUGUGAAUUUUGCAGUAAAAAUUUCCAUUUGUACUCACAGUUGAGCGUACAUCUGAAGACACAUAGCACAGAACGUACGCACGAGUGUAUGGUUUGCGGAACGCGCUUCAAGUAUCGCUCCAAGCUAGCCCAGCACAUGCACACUCACAGUGAAGUGCGAUGUUUCACGUGCGACGUUUGUGGGGCGUCGUUCAAGCUACCACAAGGUCUAAGUAAUCAUAAAAAAAUUCACACCACCGUUGUGGAAGAAUCAAAUGCGUACAAGUGCACUAUAUGCAGGAGACGUUUUCCCACCGAGGAAACACUGAAGCAACAUAAAGCAUCUCAUCCACAUAUGGAACCACAGAAUUUCGGUUGUGAAACCUGCGGCUUAGUGUGUUCUACCAAGUCUAAUCUCAAGUGUCAUCAGAAAACUCACACCGGCGAGAAACCGUUCAUAUGUGAAACGUGUGGUAAAGCGUUCUGCAGGAGCGACAAUCUUAACAGACAUAUAACCGUACACCACAAGGAGCCAUUGGAGAAGAACUUUCGGUGUGAGCUGUGUUGUGAAGGCUUCCGCUUGAGGAUUCAAUUGUUGCGCCAUCUGAAGUUACAUCAGAAGGAACGCCCGCGCAAAAAAGGCCCGCAUACAGCGGAGAGAAAUUUUAAAUGUGAAAUGUGUGGCAAAAAUUUUCCUUUGAACUCACAGUUGAGUGUACAUCUGAAGACACAUAGCACAGAACGUGCACACGAGUGUCUGGUUUGUGGAAAACGCUUCAGUUGGCGCUCUAAGCUAGCACAGCAUAUGUACACUCAUAAUGAAGGGCGAUGUUUUACGUGCGACGUUUGUGGGGCGUCGUUCAAGUCAUCAGAAAAUUUAAGUAAACAUAAAAAAAUUCACAUCACCGUUUUGGAGGAGUCUAAUAUUCAUAAAUGCAUUAUAUGCAGGAGACGUUUUUCCACGGAGGAAACACUGAAGCAACAUGAAGCAUCUAAUCCGCAUACGGAACCGCAGCAGUUCGGUUGCGAAAUCUGCGGCUUAGUGUGUACUACAAAAUAUAAUCUCGAGCAACAUCGGAAAAUUCACACCGGCGAGAAACCGUUCGAAUGUGGAACGUGUGGCGAAGCGUUCAGGAGAGGCCAACAUCUUAACAAACAUUUAACCGUAUGCCACGAGAAACCAUUGGAGAAGAACUUUCGGUGUGAGCUGUGUGGUAAAGCCUUUCUUUUGAGGAAGCAUUUGUUGCGCCAUCUGAAGUUACAUCAGGAGGAACGUCCGCACAAGAACGGCCCGCAUACAACGGAGAAAAAAUUUGAAUGUGAAAUAUGUGGUGAAAAUUUUCCCUUAUGUACACAGUUGAGUGAACAUCUGAAGACACAUAGCACAGAACGUGGCCACGAGUGUCUGGUUUGUGGAAAACGCUUCAGUUGGCGCUCUAAGCUAGCACACCACAUGUACACUCAUAGUAAAGCGCGAUGUUUUACGUGCGACGUUUGUGGGUCGUCUUUCAAGUUACCACAAGGUUUAUAUAAACAUAGAAAAAUUCACACCACCGUUUUGGGAGAGUCAAAUGCGCACAAGUGCACGAUAUGUGGAAAACGUUUUUCCACCGAGGAAACAAUGAAGCAACACAAAGCAUCUCAUCCGCAAUUCGGUUGCGAAACCUGCGGUGUAUUGUGUACCACCAAGUUUAAUCUCGAGUGUCAUCGGAAAACUCAUACCGGCGAGAAACCGUUCAAAUGUGAAACGUGUGGUAAAGCGUUCAGCAGGAGACAUUAUCUUAACACACAUAUAAUCGUACAACACGAGAAGCCAUUGGAGAAGAACUUUCGGUGUGAGCUGUGUGGUAAAGACUUUCACUUGAAAACUUAUUUGUUAAGCCAUCUGAAGGUACAUCAGAAGGAACGUCCGCACAAGAACGGCCCGCAUACAACGGAGAAAAAAUUUGAAUGUGAAAUAUGUGGUAAAAAUUUUCCUUUAUGUACACAGUUGAGUGAACAUCUGAAGACACAUGGCACAGAACCUGCGCACGAGUGUCUGGUUUGUGGAACGCGCUUCAUAUGGCGUUCUAAGCUAGAGCAGCAUAUGUACACUCAUAGUAAAGAGCGAUGUUUUACGUGCGACGUUUGUGGGUCGUCAUUCAAGUUACCACAAGGUUUAUAUAAACAUAGAAAAAUUCACACCACCGUUUUGGGAGAGUCAAAUGCGCACAAGUGCACGAUAUGUGGAAAACGUUUUUCCACCGAGGAAACAAUGAAGCAACACAAAGCAUCUCAUCCGCAAUUCGGUUGCGAAACCUGCGGUUUAUUGUGUACCACCAAAUUUAAUCUCGAGUGUCAUCGGAAAACUCACACCGGCGAAAAACCGUUCAAAUGUGAAACGUGUGGUAAAGCGUUCAGCAGGAGACAUUAUCUUAACACACAUGUAACCGUACAACACGAGAAGCCAUUGGAGAAGAACUUUCGGUGUGAGCUGUGUGGUAAAAACUUCCCCUUGAAAACUUAUUUGUUAAGCCAUCUGAAGGUACAUCAGGAGGAACGCCCGCACAAGUGUCCCAUUUGCGAGAAAGGCUUUUCACGGAGUAACUAUCUCGCGCGACAUGUGCGCACUCACGAAACAAAGGCAAGACUAAUUAUCUCUAUUGGCUUAUUUGCGGGCAAGGGUUCAGGGUUAAAUUUUUUCUAACGAGACACACGAAACUUCACAGUGGCGAGAGAUUGUUCGACUGCGACAUCUGUGGUAAAUCCUACAAAUCAGCAAGUAAUCUAAAUGAUCAUAAGAAGUAUCACACAUCCGGUGAAGAUGAACUGCACAAAUGUGACCUUU